GUCAACAGGGAAACAACUCUUAUUUCAAUUUCAGAACGCCAUUCUGUCGUUAGGACAUCGCACAACGGUGUCCUUAAAACUCGGGUGAAGCCAUGCAGUUCGAACCGCGAAGUGGCGAAGGAUGACCAUACAGCCACGAAUACCUCUACUCUGGGUCAUCGUCCCUGCACACCAGAUGUUACAGUAACUAAUUAGUAGCUGGCCCCCCUUUAUGAGGUUAAAGUUGAACCCUUCAUCUCCCUCAUCUCGCUUGGUCUCUUCCUGUAGCCACACCCCUUCUUGAAGCACAAAGGGUCAACUUUAAUCUGCUGUGCAAGCUUCUUUAUGCACGGGCACACGUGCAUGUUUCGGUAUGUCUAAGAGGGAGUGCAGUUUGUCAGCAUAUAAAGUGGAAAAAAGUUUACUGCAGGUGAAAGUGACACAUGAGGUAUGAGAAGUACAGUCCAACAGAUUACUGUGGCCACAGACCCAGGGACCCCUUACUUUCUGUGUGUGGACUUUGCCAUGGACCUUGGUGCUGGGUUCACGCUAGCUCUCUCUAAUGGCAGCUCUGCAUGGAUUGGAGAAGUUUCAGAAGACGAUGUGACGAGGGAGGCCAAUGGCAUGAAGGUCCAGAGAGAGAGAUAUGUUGAGGAUCUUCUUCAAGCACUGACGGGAGGUCGAGAGGGAAGAGGAGUGGGGAGAAGAGCAGAUGACGCAGACAUGUGUUCUUUCCAGCUCACUCCAGAUUGCAGUCAACUCUCAUAUCACAGAGUUUGUGACGGCGUUUCGGUGCACUUGGGUUCUUUGAGGCUUCAGCCUGCUCCACACCACUUACAGUUGAACCGGCAGAUGAUAGGCCAGUUGGUCAAAUGCAACAUCAACCUGAAGAAACAAAACUUGCUGCUAUUGGAAGAGAACCGUAAACUGAAAGAGGACCAUGAGCACAUACUCCAAGAGCUCCAGCAGCGGGUCCAGGACAAGGAGACGAUGGAAAAUGAGCUCUACUCCUAUUUUGUUAUGGUGCUAAAUGCAAAGAAGGCCAAAAUCAAAAGCCUGCAGGAUUCUCUCCGGCAACUCCAACCGACCGCCAGCUUUCACAGGAAACAAAGGAAAACUGACACAGCUCAAAGUGAAGAUGAUACUUGUGAGAAAAGAGAAGAGUCCAUUGAGAGGAGCUAUCCAUCACUGGAACCAACCAUCCUCACCACAGGACAUAGUGAGGUGAGCCAGGGAUUCUCAAUGGACCACACCAUGUCUCUUGAUGACAAUGUACAAACAAGAAGGAAACCAAUGGAAACACUCGACUGCCAGACCCCAGGAACGUCUGACAUGGAAUGAAAUCACAGGUUUAUCAGACAACCAAUGAGAGGCCAUAGUUGAUGCCUUGCUUCACUUCAAAUAAAGAACACAGGUGAUAUUACAGGUGUUUACUAUGCACAAAAAAACCCUGCAAAUUAUUACAGUAUUUUCAAGUUAAAUUCUUUUUUCAUUUUAGUUUCUGUUCGCUUAAAAGUAUUUUGAAUACUGUCAGACUGUCCUUUUUUGUCACCACUAGUAUUACAGCAAAUGUGUUAACACAGAAAAUUUGUUUUUUUAACACAAAAUAUUAAUAAGUGUUUUAAAGAACAAAAUCAACAACAACAAAAAUCAAAUGUGAGCUCUAUGUUCAGCAUUUUUUCUAUACUUCCCUAAAUACUAUACUUAUACUUAUACGAUACUAUACUUCUGUUGUUGUUUGUGUUUUGGCUUUUUCCCUGUAAUGGGUCAUGCAAUACUGUAAUAGUUUGUAUUACAAUCCAGGUUUAAGUACAUCUCCAAAGAAAUAUCAAAUAAAUGCGAAACGUCUUUCA